CGGGGUCCCCGGGGUGGUUGUGCCCCUCGGAGGAGACUUCGCUGCUCUUCGCCCUCUGCUUGUGGUGGCCGAGACACGUCCUGCCCUUCCCACCGGGAUUGACGCGCUGCGAUGCAGGCAGUCGAGGACACUAACCCCAACCACACGAGUCCCCAGGACAGGUGGUCUAGUGGGGGUCACUGGAGUAGUUGGUACCCACGGGUGAUGCUGUGCCUGGAGUCACCCACCGCCACCAGCCCCUCAGACACGGUGGUCCUGGCUGGUUUGCACUCAGGGCAGGGUUGUUUGGCACAGCAGCUCCAAGCAGCCGUGCCCAUCCCCAGGGAGCUGCAGGGAUGCUCUGGGAGCGGCGCUGGGCGGUGGUGACAGACGCUGCCGGACAGGCUCGGGCGCUUCGGCUUCACUGUGUGCGGUGCUGAGCUGUCGCCAGGUUCCUUCAGCACAGCGGUGAUGCUGCUGCUGGGACACGGGGCUGGAGAGGCCGGAUGGAAGGUGUUUGUCACCCAGGCAUGGCACAGAGGGCACAGAGCUGCUUGUGAAUCCAUCUGGGAAAGAGAUCUCAGUGCUGGUCCCGCAGGGACUGACACUAGCCCAUCCACUGCCCUCACUCUUGCCCUUGGAGGAAGCCAGUCAUGGGGGAAACAGGCAAAGAAGAGUAUAAAAUACAGUCAUUUGAUGCCGAGACCCAGAAGCUGCUGAAAACAGCCCUCAAAGACCCCAGCAACGUGGACCUGGAGAAAGUGGCCAAUAUUAUAGUGGACCAGUCCCUCAAAGACUGUGUAUUCAGCAAGGAGGCAGGGCGCAUCUGCUACACCAUCAUCCAGGCAGAGAGCAAACAAGUUGGGCAGAGCAUCUUCCGGAGGAGCCUGCUGAACCGGCUGCAGCAGGAGUACAAGGACCGGGAAGAGCUGCGCACCCGCUCGCUCCAGGCCUGGAUCUGCUACGUCACCUUCAUCUGCAACAUCUUUGACUAUCUGAGGGUGAACAACAUGCCCAUGAUGGCCCUGGUGAACCCUGUUUAUGACUGCCUGUUCCGGCUGGCACAGCCCGACAGCAUGUGCAAGGAGGAAGAGGUGGACUGCUUGGUCCUACAGCUCCACCGCAUUGGCGAGCAGCUGGAGAAGAUGAAUUCCCAGCGGAUGGAUGAGCUCUUCUCCCUCCUCCGGGAUGGAUUCCUCCUGCAGGAGGGGCUCAGCUCCCUGUCCCAGCUCCUGCUGCUGGAGAUCAUCGAGUUCCGAGCUGCCGACUGGAAGAUGACGGAUGCUGCCCAGAAGUACUAUUACAGUGAAGUGACGGAUUAAGCUCUGCAGCAGAGGGGAGAUGUCCCCAGCACCUUCACCAGCAAGCUUCAGACCAAGUUUGAGUUUCCUUUCACGUUAAUGUUCUUCUAGCACUUCCUAUAAAUAGGGCUUGUAUUGG